AUCCUCAUCCGUCUCAUUGGAGCCAACUUUGAACUCUCGCUGACUUCGGACUCCCGGGGGGACCAGAACUUGAUGCCAUGGGAGGCUGUGCGGGCUCGCCGCGGCGCCUUUCGGAUUCCGAGGGGGAGGAGACAGACCUGGCACCUCGGCCUCCGCUGCAAGACAGUCAGGGCGCACAUUGGAAGAACGCGGUGGGCUUCUGGCUCUUGGGCCUCUGCAACAACUUCUCUUACGUGGUGAUGCUCAGCGCUGCCCACGACAUCCUUAGUCACCAAAGAACACCUGGGAAUCAGAGCCAUGUGGACCCAGACCCAACGCCCACCUCCCACAAUAACUCAUCUCGAUUUGACUGCAAUCCUGUCUCCACAGCAGCGGUGCUUCUGGCCGACAUCCUUCCCACCCUUGUCAUCAAAUUGCUGGCUCCUUUUGGCCUUCAUCUGCUGCCCUACAGCCCCCGGGUGCUCACCAGUGGGAUCUGUGCUGCAGGAAGCUUCCUUCUGAUUGCCUUUUCUCAUUCGGUGACGAUCAGCCUGUGUGGUGUGGUCUUGGCUAGCAUCUCUUCAGGUCUGGGGGAAGUCACCUUCCUCUCGCUCACUGCCUUCUACCCCAGGGCCGUGAUCUCCUGCUGGUCCUCAGGUACUGGGGGAGCAGGGCUGCUAGGGGCGCUGUCUUACCUGGGCCUCACCCAGGCUGGCCUCUCUCCCCAGCACACCCUGCUGUCCAUGCUGGGCAUCCCCGCCCUGCUGUUGGCCAGCUAUUUCUUGUUGCUCACGUCUCCUGGGCCACAGGAUCCCGGAGGGGAAGCUGAUUCAGACACAUCAGCUCGGCAGCCCCUGAUCAACAGUGAGGCCUCAGAGUCGAAGCCAGGCUCCAGCUCACCCCUCUCCCUUCAGGAAAGGUGGACCGUGUUUAAGGGCCUGUUGCAUUACAUCAUCCCCUUGGUGCUGGUUUACUUUGCUGAGUAUUUCAUCAACCAGGGACUUUUUGAACUCCUCUUCUUCCGGAACACGUUCCUGACUCAUGCUGAGCAGUACCGCUGGUACCAGAUGCUGUACCAGGCCGGCGUCUUUGCCUCCCGCUCCUCCCUCCGCUGCUGUCGCAUCCGCCACACAUGGGUCCUGGCCUUACUGCAGUGCCUCAACCUGGCGUUCCUGCUGGUGGAUGUGUGGCUAAGCUACGUGCCGAGCAUCUACCUCGUCUUCCUGAUCAUUAUGUUUGAGGGGCUCCUGGGGGGUGCGGCCUACGUGAACACCUUUCACAACAUUGCCCUGGAGACCAGUGAUGAGCACCGGGAAUUUGCCAUGGCAACUGCCUGUAUCUCCGACACCUUGGGGAUCUCGCUUUCAGGGCUCCUGGCCCUGCCUCUGCAUGACUUCCUCUGCCAACUCUCCUGACAUUCUGACUCCUUGGGACAUAGGACACGCUGACCUGGGACUCUACCGAUAGGUGGGCAGGUUGGACUGACCCCAUGCCCACCCAGAUCCCAUCUAUGAGGUCUAUCCCCAGCCUUCUCUACAUGGCUGGGGUGUAUAAAAGUGCUGAGGCCACAUUCCCCUUGGAUGGAGGGGCAGAAAUUUUCCUACCACUACCAAGCUGGUUUCGGGGAAUUUCUUGCCAUUAGACCCUCGGAAUAAAUGCCUAUUUUAUCAGUUGA